AUGUAUCACCAAAUUCGCAUUAUAAAGGAAGAUCAAACGCCACAAAAAUUCCUUUGGCGAGGAGGCGAUGUAUCGAAAGAACCUGACGUUUAUGUGAUGCAAGUUAUGACGUUUGGCGCCACAUGUUCGCCCUCCCUUGCUAACUACAUUAAGAACGAGAAUGCGCGCCGCUUCCAGCAAGAGCAUCAAGCGGCAGUCCAGGCGAUUUUACGCAACACAUUUGUUGAUGAUUGGCUGCAAAGUGUCUCUCUGGAAGACGAUAUGAUUAAGCUGGCCACCACUGUACGUGACAUCCACGCUGAUGGUGGGUUUGAAAUGCGGAAUUGGAUUUCCAACUCCAGAAAGGUUUUAUUAGCACUGACCGGUCAGGAAGACCAAGCUGAUAAGUACAUCGAGCAGCCGGACCAACGCCACGAAAAGGUUCUUGGAAUGUGGUGGUCUCCAGGGGCCGAUUUGCUGCGAUUCUUCGAGAAGUUUCCGAAUGACGUCUUCGACGAGAGCAAAAUUCUGACGAAACGACAAAUUCUGAGAAUUGUAAUGACGGUGUUCGAUCCCUUCGGACUUUUGGGAUUUUUUAUAAUUUAUGCAAAAAUUUUGAUGCAGGAAAUAUGGCGAUCGGGCGUUUCGUGGGACGAACCAAUUAAGUCGAAGGAGCUCGAGAAAUGGUGGAGGUGGAUUCGAUGCUUACGCUCAAUACCGGACGUGCGAAUAACACGUUGUUAUUCGCUUGCUAGUAGUGCAGAUCACAUAGAGUUGCACACGUUCGUGGACGCCAGCGUUGAUGCCUACGCCGCGGCAGUCUACUUACGAGCGGAACGGAAAACCGAAAUUGCCUGCAGUUUAGUUAUGUCAAAAACUCGUGUUGCUCCACUUAAACCCAUAUCUAUUCCAAGGCUUGAAUUGAUGGCAGCCAUUCUGGGGCUGCGCCUGGCAAAGUUUGUUGGGAGUGAAUUAUCGUUGCAUAUCGAUCGGAGAAUAUUUUGGUCAGACUCAAAGAACGUUCUGCACUGGAUAAGGUCGGAUGCAAGAAAAUUCCAGCAGUUUGUAGCAGUGCGCAUAGGAGAAAUUCUGGAGGACUCUCAGGUCCACGAAUGGCGAUGGGUGCCUUCUUUACAAAACGUGGCCGAUGAAGGUACCAAGUGGACUACUGAUCCCAAUUUCAGCAAUGAGUCCAGAUGGUUCACUGGACCCGAAUUUCUGUUCCUACCGGAAGACGAGUGGCCGACAACUAAAUUCGAAUGUUUGGGCGAAAAUUCCAACGAGUUACUUUGCCACAUUGACACGGCGCAGAGAAUUGCAUCAACAUCCACAGUAGCGAGCCCAGAUCCGCAGCGUUUUAGCAAAUGGGAAAAUUUACGACGAGCGCAAGGGUGUGUACUAAAAUUCCUACGUAGGAUAACCCGGAAUGGCAAUCGGUCAGCGAAAUUCAUCAAGCUGGUGAGAACGACAGAUAUUAAAGAUAUUGAGCACGUCAUCAUACGCAACUGCCAAGAAUCCACCUAUGGCGAGGAAAUUAUUCGCCUUGCAAGGGGUGAUGCUGUAUCUCGCAGGAGUGCUAUUUAUAAAUUCUCGCCGUAUCUGGACGAAACUGGUCUGUUGCGAGUAAAGGGGCGCAUCGAUGCUGUGAAGGACGUUGUCUACGAUAUUCGCCGUCCGAUUAUUUUGCCGCGAUACCAUCAGGUAACUUAUCUUAUUACUGACUUUCAUCAUCGCAGGCUUCACCACCACCACAACGAAAUUGUUGUAAAUGAGAUGAGGCAGCUGUAUUGUAUCAGCGGACUAAGAGCGCUGGUUCGAGCUACUGCUAAAAGAUGUCAGCAAUGCCGUAAUAGACGUGCUGUACCGCACCCACCGCCAAUGGGCGACCUACCACCGGAAAGGCUUGCUACCUUUUCUAGGCCGUUUGCGAAUACUGGAGUGGACUACUUCGGGCCCUUAGAGAUUGUAGUAGGAAGGCGUCGCGAGAAGCGGUGGGGCGUGCUAUUCACUUGCCUCACGGUUCGUGCAGUGCAUUUAGAGAUUGCGCCGUCACUGUCUACGGAUUCGUUUCUGCUUAUUCUUAAACAGUUUAUUGCUCGUCGUGGUGCGCCAAGAUGCAUUUGGUCCGACAAUGGGACGAAUUUCCGAGGAGCGAGCCGCGUUUUGCAAAGCGAAAUAGAGCGCUUAUCAUCAGAGGAGUUGGAGCGUCGCUGCCCAGAAAUCAAGUGGCAUUUUAUACCACCUGCGUCGCCACACAUGGGUGGCUCUUGGGAACG